CCUUUCCUUCCUCGCGAGAACGAGAGGCUAGACCGCAUCCAGUGGUGGGGCUCGGUAUGGGCGGAAGCGAAUGCGCCCUGGGCGACGCCGCUAUAGGCGAGGAAACCCUAAAUUACGACGGCGAUGACGUUGAGAUGGCCGACGCCGACUCGGAUACGGAGGAAGCCCGAGCAGCUGAGGUCUCCGCUGCAACUGGAGGAUCCGCCGGAGGUGUUAGGCAGGCGGAGAAGGACGGACCGGAUGGAAAGAAGAAGAGGAAGAAGAGGAGGAACAAAGGGAAGAAGAACAAAGGGAGGCAAGAUGGGGCGCCCACCAACAUCGCGGACAUUAAUCGAUUUGUUCUUAACACUUGCAAGCGCUUGAAGGAGAAGAAGUCGUACCUUGUCUGGAAUGCUGUUGGCUGCCUUGGUGUCACUGCUGUCAAUGAUCUUGUUAGAGAGGUGGAGGCUAUUCAGAAGUGUGGUGGGCAGACUAUUGCUGAUGGAAGCCGCUUUCGCACUGGUGGUGGAAUUCUCUGGAACAUCUUAAAGUCGCGGGAACCCAAGGCUUACAAGGAAAUAAUGGCAAAGGGAAAGGAACUUGAGAAGCAGUUUAGGUGUACGAAACGACCACAGAUUAGCAGAAACGAAGAUGCAAGUUCACAGGGCAGUGCUUUAAUUGAUGAUGAAAUUGAAGCGCGAGACCAAAAGGAAACAUUGGAUGACCCUAAGCAAUUGGAUGAUGUGGAGAUACACGUAUCAGACAAUAAAGCUCAACGCAAACCACUGGCGGACAGAAUUCGCGCUCCUGUUGCAUAUGAUGAUCUGUUUGAAGAGGGGGAGAUACACGACGGAGAACCACGUAGUUAGCAUUUCAAAGAUUAUGCCUCGUCAUGAGUGCCCAAAGGAUGUCACAUAAUUGCAAGAGCAUGAGUAUGAUUUAAGAACUACCACUGCAAUGUAGCAGUUUUUCCUCUAAACAUCAUCCCCGUGAACUUGCAGCGAUGGAGAUUUUGUUGCGUUCGGUGAAACCAUUGUUGGGCCUGAAUUCAGUGGUCAAUGGAAAUCAUGGUUAAACG